AUGUGUCGACCGGACCGCGUGAUACUGCAGGAUGUGCUCGGCCAGACUGGAAUGCUCCAGUUCAUGCAGACUCAGCGCGAAUCUGUGGCCGUCCCGACAACCAUCCACUGUGACCAUCUCAUUCAGGCACGCGUCGAGGGCGCAGCCGACCUGCGCGAGUCGCUCGACGAAAACAGCGAGGUCUAUAACUUCCUGCGCUCCGCGGCCGCAAAGUUCGGCGCGGGAUUCUGGGGCCCCGGUGGCGGCAUCAUCCACCAGGUCGCGCUCGAAAACUACGCCUUCCCCGGCUCGCUGAUGAUUGGCACUGACUCGCACACGCCGAACGGUGGCGGUCUUGGGUCUUGCUCCGUCGGCGUUGGCGGCGCGGAUGCGGUUGAAGUGAUGGCAGGUCUCCCUUGGGAAGUUCUCUACCCGCGCCACAUCGCCGUAUAUCUCACCGGCGAGAUGAGCGGCUGGACUGCGCCAAAGGACAUCAUCCUGUAUGUCGCGGGCGAGCUGACCGUCUCCGGCGGCACGAAACGCCAUCGUGGAGUACAUCGGCCCCGGCGCGCGCACCAUUAG